CUAAAUUCCCUUGAUUUUCUUUGUCAUUCUCCUGAAAAUUCUUCGUGAAAAUUGAACAAAUUUCCCUGCAACAAAAUGUGUGAAAUACCCAAGAACUUUGUGACCUACGACAUGGUGCACAAUCUACGCUACGACAAGAGCAAAAUAAAGAAGCACCACGACAUGAAACCCACAAAGUAUUGGCCUGGAGCCCGUUUCAUGAUCGUCGCGCAGGAUGGGGAUCUGAAUACGGCCGCCUAUAGCGUGGCCGGAUUCAUGCAAGAGCCGUUCCAGCUCUUUCCACUGGCCACUGUGGCCGUGCAUCAGUCGAUAAGGGACAAGUUCAUAGCGAUGGUCAGGAGUCGCUUCCGCCAGCUGAAGCCCCAUGUGGCCAAUCAUCCGAACUACGAGCGAUCCCUGAAUCUCCUGAAGGACGAGUGCCAGCCUCCGGUGGACUAUGUACUAGCCGACGAGAAGGAUGCCCCCGCGUGUGCCAGUCCCAUUCUGGUGACGGGUGGCGUCACCCAUCUGUAUUUUCCCAGCGGUGCCACGGGCGUCACAACGUUGCACACAUUCGAGACGAUACAGGAGGCGGCCGAAAUAUUUGGCCGAGAGCAGCCGCACUUUGAUGCCGUCUACUACUUCGACGAGGGCAUCGCCAGUGUCUAUACACUGGCAAAGCUGAUCAAGUGCGUCCAGAUCUAUGUGAACUGCCUGGACGCCUGUCUGCUGGCCAUAAUGCCCUACUAUCUCUCCAAGGUGCAGACGGUGCUGUACAAGAACGGCUUCCACUACGAGGUCCUCAAUAUCGGUGACAGUUGGAAGAUGAUUGUGUUUCCCUACAAUUCGAGUAUCAUCAGGCCAUGCUGCUGCCCCUUGGGCUACUGUCGCUGCAAUGCCAAGCACACGGUGUGCUGUCAGGAUCAUUUGAAUACACACUACUGAGUCCUGCAGCACAUGUGAGCCAUAAUUUUCGCGGUAGUUGGCUUUUGGAUUGCCACAACUCCGGGCGCCCUUUCCUCAAUAUUUUUGGCCCACAGACUGUCGCCGACGGUUGGCUUUUAAUAAAACUUGCACUGAGCGUAGUCGUUGCCAAAAAAAAUAUAAGA